CACUGCCGCGACUCCACCGACUCCAGCGUGGCACGACACUUAUGCCCCUCGCACGCCUCCACGAGAACAACAACGCGCACGCAAAACCGCCGAGUGCGGAGACGGUUCUGGCAACGAGCGGCGUAGUGUCCGCCCGGGUAAAGUGGCUCUCUCCAUCGCUCCCACCAUGGCCUGUGGAGCCAUCGCGCGAGUAUAGCCGGUCCAAUGCGUACAGGGGAAGCUCCCCGAAGGGUAACUGACGACAUAUUCACGAGUGCUCUCAUAAUCAGUUCUCGCUCAUAUUCUUUUUCUCCAUCAAGUUUACAUCUCUUUGCUUUUCACAUUAAUCGUCCACUCCCCAGCAACCUCCAAGAUGCCCAAGAACAGAGCCCUCGAGAUCAUCGACGCCGCAGCGGCAGGCGGCUACGCCGUCAUGGGCACAUGCUGCUACAACAUCGAAGGCAUCAUCGCGUCCGUGCGGGCCGCCGAGGCGCAGCGCUCGCCCGUCAUCAUCCAGCUAUUCCCCUGGGCGAUUGAGUACGCCGACGGACUCCUCCUCCACGCGGCGCGCGAGGCCGCCGACAAGGCGUCCGUCCCCGUCGCCGUGCACAUGGACCACGCCCAGAGCCCCGAGAUCAUCCGCCGCGCCGCGGACCUGGGCGGCUUCGACGGCAUCAUGGUUGACAUGAGCCACUACGAAAAGGAGGACAAUAUGCGCCUCACCAAGGAGUUGGUCGGGUACCUCCACGAGCGGGGUAUCAUCAGCGAGGCCGAGCCGGGUCGCAUCAACGGCGGCGAGGACGGCGUCAUGGACACGGGCGAGCUCGAGGGCAUCCUCACCACCCCCGAGCAGGCUGAAGAGUUUAUGGACCUGGGCAUCGACUGGCUCGCCCCGGCGUUCGGCAACGUCCACGGCAAGUACGGGCCCAAGGGGCCGCAGCUCGACUAUCCGCGCCUGGCGUCCAUCUUUGCGGCCACGAGCAAGCGCGGCGUCAACCUGGUGCUGCACGGCGCCAGCGGCGAGGCGUUCACGGAGGAGAUUUACCGCGAGUGCGUUAAGAAUGGUAUGCGCAAGGCGAAUGUGAAUGAUGCCUUUAAUGUCGAGUUUACGCGGGUCAUGAGGGAGAAGGCGGACAAGGUGCCGCUCACGACGUUGCUCGAGGAGGCGACGAGCGCGAUGCAGGUGGUCAUGGAGAAGCUCAUGCGGUGGAUGGGGUCGGCGGGCAAGGCGUAGUGGUGCAGAUGAGAGAAUAAAUGGCGUUGAUCAUGUUCACUUGCGGGAU